UACUCCAUAAGAUGGAUGCCUAUUAGCUCUUCACUCAAUAAAUCAAACAUAUAGAGCACAAAGAAUGUUUAUUGUUACUGCUUAAUACUUAGGUAGGAAAUAACUAAUUUGCGUAAUUACUUCGAACUCUAAUAUUGUAUUAUGAUUAACAUCAUAAUAUUGAUCUUAAAUAAGUAUUUAUCAAAAAAGAUACAAAUCAUACAAUUUAAAUAAUUAAUAUGUGUUUUUUGUAAAACAAAUAAAAGGAGCUCACAUAAAAAAAAGUCAUUGAAUUUAUGAGAUAUCUAUUUGGAAAAUACUAUUAAUCUAAAUGUGUUACAAUAGAGGACAAGGAUUGGGAUUAAUUCGAAAAAUGGAUUGCUGCAUUUAAGAAAAUCUGGUUUACAUAAAAACCUAUUCAUAAGGUAAUUCAUAAGAUUGGAUCUACUGAAUAUUCAACAUUAUUGUUGCUUCCCAACCAUAAUAUGUAUCUAAUAUCAAAUAAUUAGAAUUCGCUCAAUAUCUAAUUCUCAAAAUAACCUGUUACUGAAAAAUUCUUCUCAUUUAUAUUUUAAUGAAAAUGAAUACUUAAUUCAAAAUUUCUGGAAUUAAUGUGCUGAUGUGAUUAAUCGGAGUACUCUGAAUUUUUCAGGAUAAAUGGAAUAAGAGUAUUCAUUUAUCAUAAAAAAUCCAAAUGAUAGAAAAAUUUGGGACAAAUUUCUUGGUUUCAUAGAUCCAGUAUAUCUAAUCCCUAGAGGCCACGGCAAACUAAGUAAUUAGGAAAGGUAACUGCAAUUUGAAUGUGAUUUUUUUUUUUACACCAUUCCAAGUGCUAAAUUUACUUAUUCUGAAUUUGAUAUUUUGAAAUAAAAGGUUCAGUCCUGUUCUAGAGAUGGAUCAGAUUUUAGAAAUAGUAAACCUCUUGUAACUUCAGAUGAAUUUCAUAUUACUUAUAUCUUUGCUAAGGCUCUAUUUGAUGGUGGAUGGUUGAAUUAGAUAUUAGUCGAUUAUUUAAUUAGCAAGUAUUAUCAACAAUAAUAGCUAAUUAAUUAAAGGGAAGCAAAAUACUAAAUUGUUCUCAUGGAUACAAGAUAAGCUUAAGAUAUUUUUUCCAGCUAGAUCACUCAAGCUGAGUAAAUUAAUUUGGAUUAUGCUAAACAAUUUUUUAAUUCCAUAAAUUAUUAAGAAAAUAAAAGUAUGAGAUUAGUAAUUUUGUUAAAUGUUGAUAGAUGUCAUUUUAUUUGCAUUUGUAUUGAAGAAGAUACUGUUUAUAUUUUAAAUUCAAUGAAUUCAUCUUGGAGUGAUGAAAUAGUAGGUCGAUAAAUAAGCAAAAUAUAUUCAUUGUUCAGGGAAAGGUAACCUAAAUUUAAGAACUAAUUUUCAUUCAUUUAAUAAUCUGCAAACUUAUAAGAAUUGGAACCUAAAAAAAAGGUUGUGAUUCUGCCUCAAUAAAGAAAUGCAUAUGAUUGUUCAAUAUAUACUUUAUUCAAUUCAAUGCAGUUGAUUAAACAUAAUGAUAUUAACGUUAAUGAGAUAAAUUUCGAGGUAGAACCUUUAUAAAUAUCCGAAUUACGCUUGCAAUUUCUCCAGGAGUUGGUUAAUAAUAAUGCAUUUCUGUCAAAUUAGAAAAAAUGGUAUCUAAAUAGUCGCUGA